UUUUGUCUGCUUGUGCGUCGCUGUGCAUUUUUCUUCAGUUUUUCCUUGUUAAAUGUGAAUGUUUCGUUGUGAUUUUGUAUUCAAUUCCACGGGGACACAAUGAGUGAUCGCCAGGAGAAGAUUGAGGUUGGCAGGGAGAAGUUGGCAUCGUUCACCAGACGAAAGAAUCGCAAGAAAAGCAACACAAACUCCUCCUCAGAUCACUCUGGUGAGGAGUCAUCGCGAGAGAUGUCGCACAAUUCCCUGGAAGCGUCCAGGAGUGACAGUGAAGUUGCCGCGGUGGGAAAAGUGAGUGAUUCAGGAGCGCCGUCGUUGCCAAUUGAGGAGGAUAUUGAGGAGGUGCUGUCAGGCAGUGGCUCUGAACAUCCUGAGGAUGCAAUGGACAUUCGUAGGCGACAGUUGUUCGACUUGGAAGCUCCGGGACCAUCGAGAUUUGCCGUGGAUGAGGAGAAAUUGGACGAUUUGCUGUCUGGUGGGAAAAUUGCGCAGCAUUUUCGUGCAGAAAGUGGAUUGGAUUCCCUCGAUGAGGCACUGAAGGAUCUGGAUUCGUUGUCUGAGCGACAAGAGGAUGAUGUCAUACUGCUGAAUGAUCAGAAAGUGAGUCUGAAGGAUUUGCGAGAGCGUCAGGCAGUUUCUGAUGACAGUGUUGAAGAGGAUAAAUCUGUGGAGGAAAUUGUUGUGACUCAUGACUCAAUUGAAGUGAGUGUUCAGGAGGAUCCGCUGGACUCUCUGGAUGGGGAACAUGUGGAAAAUCCACAGGAAGACGUGGAGAAGUUCCGUGAGAAGGUCAUGGAAGUUGUGACGAGUCAAAAGGAGACUUCAGCUGAUAACUCUCCGAAGGGGGAUCAGGAAAUUCUUGUGAAACCCAUGGAAAGGUGUUUGGAGUACAACAAGGAAGUGUUGGAGGAUAUUUCUGAGGAAUCAGAGCACGCUCUCGAGAGUAUAGAGUCAAUUGAGAAGCUGAAGGUUUACACUGUGAAUCGGAGUCAUGAGAAUGAGCUGAGAAAGACCAUUUCCAGCAAUUCCUUCUUCAGUCAGUCCCACAGUGCCACAACGCCGGACCUCAGAUCCUUGCCGGUGAGUCAGAAGAGUGAGGAGAGUGCGUCUCCGCGCGAGGAAUCACCAGCAAGUCUCGAGCGGCGGGCCAAGGACAUCUGGGAGAAUGGCAGAGAGCUUCCGAUCUCGGCCAUAAUUUCGCGCAGAGAUUCACUGAGGGAGUGUCCAGUAUCUGAGCGGGAUUCAGCGAGUCUGGUGACAAAUUCCACCGAGUACAGGACACUUCAGGAGGAGUACUUGCAGAGGCUGCAGACUCUGGACAUUCAGCACGUCAUUGCUGAGCGCGAUAAGAUGAUUGAGAAUCUCACCACGUCGCUGCAGCAGUCAACGGAGGCGCGUGAGGAUUUGCAGUCGCAGAGUGAUCGUCUUGUGGUGGAGGUGAAUCAGUUGAGGAAGCAAUUGGCCGAGACUGCUGAACUGCUGCAGCGUUCUAGUCGUCCGCGUGAGGAUAGUCAGCGUCUGUCUGAGAUCUCCAUUGAUCUUGUCAGUGAAACCGAUGAGGAGAGUGAGAAGAAUUUCCCAGACGAUCAAUCGAAUCGCGAGAGUCGCGAGCGACAGAUGGAUGAGGUGCGUGAGCAAGUGAGUCUGGGUGUUUCCAAGCAGAUUGAGCAAUUCCAGAAGUAUCUCACGCCCGAGGAGUUGAGAAUCUUCUUCAUGGUGCAGAAGAAGUUCGAUGACUUCUUGUCGCAGGAGAUUGAGAAGGUGCGAAUGCGUCAUGAGGCGGAGAUUAAGGUGUUGGCAGAUCGUCUGGAGGCGGAGAAGAAUGACAAGGAUGUGGAGAUGACACAGUUGAGGCAGUACUUUGAGAGAAAGUGCUCGGAUCUGGAGAAGCAGUAUUCCGAGGAGAUAUUUUCGCAGCACAGCCAGAGGCACACAGAUGACACGAACUCUGACUUGUCAGAUCAGGAUGUUCUGCCGACAGAGCCACAGUCACUCAAUAAAUUCAAGGAGGAUCUCUACUCUAGUCCCACACACAGGAAAAUCACACCGACAAGCAUCAGUGGUUCGCCCAGGAAGUCUCCGGACGUGGCAGAGCCGCCGCUGACCAGUCUUCGGACUCACUAUGAGCGUAAAAUGGCCAAAAUGCAGGAGAUUCACAGUGAAACAGUGCGAAUUCUUCGCGAUAAGCUGAAGCGCUUCGAGGCAAAGUACGCGGAAGAUGAAUUUAUGACUAACGAUGACACUAACAAUGAUGGCAAUGAGGUGACAGUGAUCAUGGCUGAGUACGAUCGAAGGCUCAAGGAGCAAGUCAAUCUUGCCAGGCAGGACAUUCUCGAGGAAUUGGAUAAGCACAUUCAAGCUCUCCUGUCAGAAUCUUCAUCUGUGGACAGUCACUGGCCGCCAGAGUUGAUUUUGUUGCGUGAAAAAUUCACAGCACAGAACAAAUUGGAGAUCACACAGUUGCAGAUCAAGCAUGAGGAGGAGAUGUCACGAUUGAAGACGGAUUAUGAGCGACAGCUGAAUAGGAAGCAGAAGCGCAACUUUGCCUAUGAUUCCAAUAGAGAUUUGGAGGACAUUGUCACGGAGCGUGAUAAUUACAGAGAAUUGAGUGGAACGCUGAGGAAUCUUCUGGUGGGAUUGAGCAAGUAUUGUGUGGUGUAUGAGGAGGAUCUCAGCAAGUCCUUCGUGGAGCAGUUGGAGAAUGUGGGUGUAAAUGUGUUGGAUGAGACAAUUCAGUCGACAGAUGGAGAACAAGAUUCACUCAGUGGUUCCAAGAGAGCUAAAUUCACACCAGACGUCAGUGGAAUUCUCAAUCUGGUGGAAGAUCCCAAGUUGGUGAAGUUCAUCAGUAAUGCCAGAGAUGUGGAGGAUGCCAAUCCCUUCAAUCUGGAUGACUUCUUGGAGUCCUUGAACACUGAGGUGGAGUAUUUGCUGAAGUUGUCUGAAGAUCUGUCCAAGAGUCGCGAUGGUGUGUUGGGAAAGGAGAAGGAUGACAGCUGUGAGGAGGAGGAUGGCCUGAAGAGUGGUGUGAGGAGGCAAAAGAUCACCAAAACCUCCUCUCUAGUGGAACAUCUUGCCAAUGGAGAGCACAGAGAUGUCGCUGAGACUCACAGUUUACCUAUUUUUGGGCCCAUCGAUGCCAUGAGAGCGGGUGAGAUUAGCAUUCAGCUGCACGAGCUGAAGAAUCGCCUGGUGAAGUCGGAGGAGGAGCGCAAGAGUCUCGUUGCGGAGCUCGCGGAAGUUGUCAGUCGUCAUGAUAGUUUAGUGCAAGAGUUGAGCGCAGCGAAAGAUCACGUGGCAGUCCUGGAGGGACGACGGGAGACUGUGAGUGAAGGAUUUGGAUCAAAUACCAAUUCACCGAUCCAUCAAAAUGCUAGGUCAAUUUUGUCUUUUGCGGAACUGCAGGAAAAGGCGAAGCAAUUGCUCAACAAUUCAGCCAAUGUGUCAAUUGGAGACAAUUCCUCUGUGGUUUUCCAACUCAUUGAGGACUUCUGUCGCGAAGGUGAUCGUCAGCAGGAGGAGAAGAAGCGCGAUCGCGAUGAUUUGCAAGCUCAGCAGUCACAUGGCACGAUGGUAUUGACACGAAAGGAUGUGGUGUUGAUUGAUAAGAUCAAUGCGGCGGACAAACAAUUGAGGGCAACCAGGCAAUUUCUGGAGGAACAGGCGGCAGAGAGAGAAGUGGAGCGCGAUGAGUUCACGAGGGAGAUUGAAAGGCUCACGGGACAGUUGAAGGAGCGCGAUAAGGAGCGAUCAUCGCAUGAUCGUCUCGUGAAGGAGGUGGAAUCUUUAGAGAGUCAAUUGCGUGAACUCGCCGGAUCGCUGUCUGAGUGUGAAGAGAAGAAGCUGAAGGUUGAGAGUGACUACAAAUUGGCCAUGGAGAAGGUUCUUGAGCACAGAGAGACAAUUGCAGAUCUGGAGAUGCAACUGGAGGCCAAAGGAGUGCACGAGCGUGUGACUGAUGAGACUGUGAAGCAGCUGAAGAUUCUCGUGGCCACGCAGACCAGUGCUGCGGAGUCCUUGAAGCUCGAGAUGGAGAGUUUGCGGGAUGAAGUGGAUGGAAAGCAGGAGUUGGAGGAGCAAAUGCGUGACUUGAAGGCCAGUCAGGAGCAGAAUGUCACACUGGAGCAUCUUGCUAAUCAAUUGAGAGACAUUGAGGCGACUUUGGAGCGCAAGACGCGCACUCUUGAGGGUCUUCAUGCGUGUAUUGCCUCGGAAUCGUGCAGCAGUCCAUCGGAGGAUGUGUCAAUUCGCGGACAGGCGACAGCUGUAGUGUCUGAGGAUGUUUCACCGCGAUCAACAGCCUCUCUUUUGCCUGUGGAUGAGGUGCAGAGAAUUCUGGAGAAGCUGGCGAAGCACAGUCGCGCCGAAGAGGCGGCCAUCAAGAGAAUUCACGACCUGGAGAUGCAGAUAAAUGGUGUGAGAGCAAAUUUUGCAGAACUGCAGCACGAACGUGAUGCUCUGCAAGAGCGAAUGUCUGAGCAAUUGGUGAGGAUAUCAUCGCUGCAGUCGAGAUUGGAUGAGCAGAGGCAUCGUGCUGAGGAGAUUCAUCGUCAGGGAACGUCAGAUCUCAAUAUUCGUGUGCAUGAUCUUCAGACGGACGUCACGAGUCUGAAGGAAACUCUUCUGUUGCGUGAUAAGCAAAUUGCCACACUGAAAAGUCACCUGGAGCAGAGUCGUGAGGUGAUUGAGCGCCAAGAGGUGGAAUUGACGAAGAAUUCCACCUCUGUAAAUGAUGUGAAUCGUAUUGAGAAACUCGAGAAGGAGCUUCAGGAGAGAGUCCAGGAAAAUCUACAGCUGAAGGAGAGAAUCAAGAAUGAGAUGGUGAAUGAAUUGGCUUUGCCUGAUCUCAUGGAAACACUGCUGGCGGAUAAGAAUGAAGAGAUUGAUCAGUUGAAGGAGUUGCUGGAGGAGAAGGAGAAGCAAUUGAUGGAAUUGCUGAAGAGUCAUGAGAAGAUUGUGAAAAAUGCCUCUGUUGAGGAUGACGAGGAGGCGGCUAAGUUAAGUGGACGCACAUUGAGUGAUGUGAUGUCCAUUACGGAUGAUGAGAAGCCAGAGAUUGCCAGAAAAUCUGUGGAUCCGAGUGUUUUUAACUUCUCUGUGCCGAAAUUCUUCCAAGAUUCCAGUCAGAAGAGGAGUUUACCAGAAUUUUCUAGUGGUUUGAUGGGAAAAUCGAGUGACAGGGGUUUUGCGAAUUCCUUCCAUGAGUUCACAAUGGUGGGCAAGUGUGAAACAAGUCCGGGAGUGCCAAUUGUACCGCGACAGAUCAAUUUCUCACUCAUGGACAGUGUAAAUUCGGCAGAGAGAAAGACUGGAGAGACAUUCAAUUUCCCAGAGGUUCAAAAUCAACCCAAAAAGGAUGAAAUUACAGGACUCAGAGUGGAAUUGGUGGCAAAGACGAAGCUUUACGAGGCAUUGAUGGUGGAGAAGGAUAAACUUCUGAGGGAAUUGGAUGAGAUGCGCCUUCGUGUGAGUGCAAUGGAGAGUUUGGAGGAGAAUUUGAGGCGUUGUCAGGCAGAUUAUGACGUGUUGAUUGAGAAAUCCUCGCGACUGGAGAGUGAUGUUCAGGUGAAGCAGGAGAGAAUUGCUGAGUUGGAGAAGAUUCAGGAAAUGUUGGAGCCCGAAUUGGAGUCUGUGAAGAUCUCUUUGGCACGCCGUGAGGAUCAAUUGACGAAGCUGGAGAAGGAAACGAUCAAUUUUGCACGGAUUGAGAAGACUUAUGAGCUGGAGAUUGAUAGCUUGAGGCAGGAGAUGAUUGAGAAGAGUCUUCAGCUGGAGAAGUGUAAGUUGGAUCUUCAGGAGGUGAAGAUUGCACUGGAGAAAUCACGUGGACAGCAUCGCAAUGACAAUUCGUCACCAAAGCCUUUCUCACUGGAGGAAAUUGCAGCCCAAGUGGAGCAGGAGUUGAACUAUUCGGCCCAGUUGGAUUCCAACAUUCUGCGUGCCAUUGAGAGUGAUGAGAUCAAUUCUGAUGAAGAUCUGGAACAGCACAGGCGCAAUGUGCAGGAGCUUCUGCGUCAGAGUGGAUCAAUUGAGGUGGAGAUUCGGGAGUUGAGACAGAAUUUGGACGCAGAGGCGCGUCGAAAUGACGAGUUGUUGCGUCAAAAUGCCCAAUUGGCGAGUGAAGUUGAGGAGCAGAAGAAGUCUUCGGCGACAAUUCAGGAAGAGGAUGCAGGAAUCAUUAAUGCAUUGCGUCUGAGGCUCGAGACGGCGUUGCAGAAUGAGACGGAAUUGGAGAGAUUGCUGGAGGAGGAGCGUGCUCGGACUGAGAGGAUUUCACUGAGUGUCGUGCAGAGGAGUAAAUCUCGUGAGAGUCUGCAGAAAUCCUCACCGGCUGAUUCGCCACGGCGCUCAACGGAUGCAGACGCGGAGGCAGUGGCUCUGCUGGAGAGCAGAGUGAAGCUUCUCAAUGCCCAGAUUGAGCGCGAGAGGGAUCGCGUGAAGGAUCUGCAGAGUGUUCUGGACAGGGAGCGUGAGCGCUUCGACAGGGAAGUGGCGGAUCAGAAGGCUCACGGUUCCAGCUUGUCCACUGAGAUUGACAGAGUGAUGAAGGAGAGGGAUUCCGUGCAGUGUGACUUGGAUGUGGCGCGAGAGAAAUUGGAGCAUGCCGAGCAGCAGAUUGAGAGUUUGGAGGCGCGAAUUCUCAAUCUGGAGGACACAGAGACCAGACGAAUGGCACGUCAUGGGCGGGAGCGUUUGGAUGCAGCUCAAACCAGCAUGGAGUUGCAGGAGAUGCGUGCUCGUCUGAGCUCGGCGGAGAAGGAGAGAGAUCACCUGCUUGAGCAAGUGACACUUCUCCGGGAGGACAUUGAGCGCGGAGCGAGGCGGGAAGUGAAGCUGGCGGAGGCGCUGUCAAGGGAAGCGUCGCUGGAGAGCAAUGUGCCAGAGCAGUUUCUGCGGAAGCUGAAGGAGAUGAAUGUUCUGUUGGCGGAGAAUUCACGUGAGAAUCGUCAGAUGGCGGAGACAUUGAGGCAACUUGGGGAGGAGCGUGAGACACUCCAGAAGCGCGUGAGGGAUUUGGAAAAUGUCCAUGGAAUAUCCAAUUUGUCCAGGGAUGAUCUUGAGGAGAGAGCCAAUCAUCUCUUUGGGAAAUACUUGCGAGUUGAGAGCUUCAGGAAGGCUCUUGUGCACCAAAAGCGCUAUCUUAUGAUUGUCCUGGCAUCCUAUCAGGAGACAGAGGCCAAUGCACUGGCCAUGAUUCACACGAAGCAGGGAAAAGUGCUCAAGAAGCGAAGGAAAUCCUUCAGAUCAAUUGUGUUUGUUGUGGUGGCAAUCGAGAGGAUGCGAUUUAUUGUUCGACGCUGGCAGUCUGGGAAACGAAUUGGAGCUAAGGCUAUCUUUUCGGCGUCUCAAGGACUACCCAGGCGAUCAGCUUCGGCACACACAAAUAUUUGGACACACAUUGCAGCCGAUGAUCAGGCCUUUUCGUCGCCCAGAAGCUCUCAAAGGCUCCUCCAGGCGCCGAGCAUGAUUGCGGAUUAUCUCAAGCAACAUGCCAGUCCCAACUGAGGCAUCACAACUUCUUAGACACUGUGCAGUAUUUUCUUUUUUGCGUCUCCACCCGUCCUAGUCAGUGUUUGAUCUUCAAUGUAGACCUCGAUACUCCAGCACAGGAUCCACACACACACUCUGUUAUUAGUAUUCUGUUUUUUUCCCCUCGUGAGAGUCGAAGAUUACACCACAAGAGAUGCCAUUUCUUAGAUGUUAACAAUGAAAGAAAAAAAAGCUAGUGUGCCUUAAAGAUAAUAAGAUGCCUUGAAAUUCCCAAAGAAUAUUCAGACGUGUGUUGUGAGAUGCAUAUUGGCAAACAGGAACCAAUUUUUUUUUUCAUAUUAUAAUUUAAUAAUGAUGUUCUUUUUAUACGCGAAAUCGAGUUUUUGUAGUGAAAAUACAGAUACGUCCUGAUGAAAUA